AAAUAUGAGAAAUGAAGAAGAAAAGCAACGGAUAUAACUACUCCAACCUCAAAUCGAUUCUACAGUCACCCAAACCUAGCCUAGCCACACAGUAUCCAUAAGCCUCCAUGGUCCAAACCAGUCUAAGCCAAUCUCAGUCCCGGAAAACCCUUACCUACCUAGACCAAAAUACCGAAAACACAAGCACUAGACAAAAAACAAACCCAACCAAGAAUGACAUCAUCCCAGCCCGCCCAAAUCUGAGACCCAAGAUGAUCAGAUAAGAUAAGAAAAACCACCCGCUUACUCAUUCCUCCCUUUUGAAUCUCACAUUUUCAUGUUUAUCCCCAUCCUCCCUCCAUUUAAUUCAUUUUCCCUCCCUUAAUCCACCCUACUUCUAACCAAAAUAACCAUGCCAUAACCAAGGUCCAACUAUACCCCCCCACCCAAAAAAAAAAACCCACACAACAAUGGACCCCCCCGAACCCCAGCCCGACAAGCAACAACCCAAACCAGGCAAAUUCCGCUUCAAGUCAUCAAAAGCCAAGUCCAGCAGUUCGCGACGAGACGAGCCCAGCUCCACCCACCACCACCACCACCACCGGCACAGACAUUCCUCCUCACACCGCCACAGAUCCAGACGCCAUCAUCGGCGACGCUCGGCUUCCCCGACUCCGGACGAACAGCCAGGCCUCAACGCCGACGCAGCGUUUCGGGAAUCUCUGUUCGAUGCGCUGGGCGACGACGAGGGCGCCGCGUACUGGGAGUCUGUGUAUGGACAGCCGAUUCAUAAUUAUGCCGUGCCGGAUGUGCCUAAGGGGCCGAAUGGGGAACUCGAGCAGAUGGAUGAGGAGGAGUAUGCGAGCUAUGUGCGGACGAAGAUGUGGGAGCGGACUAGGGAGGGGAUGCUUGCUGAGCAGGAGCGGUUGAGGGCGGAGAAGGCAAGGCAGAGGAGACGGGAGGAGAGGAGGGAGGAGGAUCUGCGGGAGAAGAUGCGGUUUGAGAGGGCGAUGGAGGAGAGCUUGCGGCGGGGGAAGGAGAGGAGGAGGGUGAAGGCUUGGGGGCGCGUUUGGGAGGACUAUGUCCGGUCUUGGGGGGAGGUUGAUCGGGCGGUUGAGCAGGUUAGGGAUACUGGUGGUGGUGGUGGUGGCGGGGAGGGAGCUAGGCUGAGGAAUUUGGUCUUUUGGCCGGUUGAGUCGGGGAAGAGGGCGGAUGUGAGUCGGGAGACGGUUGAGGAGUUUAUGCGCCAUGCGCCGGGGGAGGAUCUGUUGGCGGUUUUGAAGGCUGAGCGGGUGAGAUGGCAUCCGGAUAAGAUUCAGCAUCGGUAUGGUGCCUUGGGGAUUGAUGAGACGGUUAUGCGCAGUGUUACUGAGGUUUUUCAGAUUAUUGAUCGUCUGUGGAGUGAGAUGAAAGGGCAGUCGUGAGCUGGUGUUGAGACUUGCAUGGUGAUGGCGUUCUGUGUUUACAUAUGAUACCCUGAUUGAGAAUUGAACGCAUGUCUUUGGACCUUACUACUACUAUUCAUGCUGCGCCUGUUCAUGAUAUUCGUGACAGGCGCAUAAUUGGCAUUGAAAGCUCCAAAUUCGCAUGGACUCGUGAAACUUUUGUUCGUCGCAAUAUAUUGGAAUCUCCAAGUAACAACACGGCUAUGCAAUCACGUAGAAACAGAACACCAUACUCAAUUUUUUUGGGGGGGUUUCUUUGUUUUUCCUGAAUCUCUUCCAUCACCACCUCUUAGAACCUCGAGUAUCUCUGCUUGUUCCGGUAUACGGUGAACCCAAUAUAGCAGCCGGCAACA